GCUCUGUCCUCCGCUACUCCGUAGCUGCUUCCGGCCUUGAGGGAGCCGCUCCAUCCGGCCCAGCUCCGCUCUAUGGUGUCCUCCAGCUCGGCGCGCCCCUCGCGGGAUCCUUCGCCCUUUUGGCCCGCCGGAGAGACAUGGCCAAGUACCUGGCGCAGAUCAUCGUGGUCGGGCUGCAGGUGGUGGGCAGAGCCUUUACCCGGGCGCUGCGACAAGAGUUUGCAGCCAGCCAAGCCGCAGCGGAUGCCCGAGGGCGCCCGGGGCCCCAGUCUGAAGCCGCCUCCAGCAUCUCCGGGAUCACGCUCCAGGAAGCCCAGCAGAUCCUCAACAUCUCCAAAGUCAGCCCGGAGGAAAUUCAGAAGAAUUACGCGCAUUUAUUUAAGGUCAACGACAAAUCCGUGGGAGGAUCUUUCUACCUGCAGUCCAAGGUGGUGAGAGCCAAGGAGCGGCUGGACGAAGAGCUGCGCAUCCAGUCCCAGCACCCGCGAGAACCAGACUCCGAGCGCACGCCAGAGACGUAGCGAUCCCCCACCCCACCCCCGCACUGGCCUCCCCUUUAAAUUAUAG